GCCGCGCCGGGGCGGGGCAGCCGGGCGCGCAGGGCCCGCGUCUAUAAGCGGGGCGGCGGGGGCAGCGGGCGCGGGCCGGCGGGGCAGGAUGGGCCGGGGCGCGCCGCCGCCGCCGCUGCUGCUCCUGCUCCUGCUGCUGCGGCCGGCGCCGGGCGCGGGGGCCGAGCGGCCGCCGCACCUGGUCUUCGUGCUGGCCGACGACCUGGGCUGGAACGACGUGGGCUUCCACGGCUCGUCCAUCCGCACGCCGCACCUGGACGCGCUGGCGGCGGGCGGCGUGCUGCUGGACAACUACUACACGCAGCCGCUGUGCACGCCCUCGCGCAGCCAGCUGCUCAGCGGCCGCUACCAGAUCCACACGGGGCUGCAGCAUGAGAUCAUCUGGCCCUGCCAGCCCAGCUGCCUUCCCCUGGACGAGAAGCUUCUUCCCCAGCUGCUCAAGGACGCCGGCUACGCCACCCACAUGGUGGGCAAGUGGCACCUCGGAAUGUACCGGAAGGAGUGCCUCCCCACCCGCCGUGGCUUCGACACCUACUUCGGCUACCUGCUGGGCAGUGAAGAUUACUAUUCCCACGAGCGCUGCACCCCGAUCCACGCCCUCAACGUCACGCGCUGUGCUCUGGAUUUUCGAGACGGCGAGGAGGUGGCGACAGGUUACAAGAACAUGUACUCAACGAACGUGUUUACCGAACGGGCCACAGCCCUAAUAGCUGACCAUCCGCCCCAGAAGCCUCUGUUUCUGUACCUGGCCCUGCAGUCUGUGCACGAGCCCCUGCAGGUGCCCGAGGCGUACCUGAAGCCCUACGACUUCAUCCAAGACAAGAAGAGGCAGCACUAUGCCGGCAUGGUGUCCCUGAUGGACGAAGCCGUGGGGAACGUCACGGCAGCCCUGAGGCGCCAUGGGCUCUGGAACAACACGGUGCUCAUCUUCUCCACGGAUAACGGCGGACAGACUCUGGCCGGGGGCAACAACUGGCCCCUCCGCGGCAGGAAGUGGAGCCUGUGGGAGGGCGGCGUGCGCGGCGUGGGCUUUGUGGCCAGCCCCCUGCUGAAGCGGAAGGGCGUGAAGAGCCGGGAGCUGCUGCACAUCUCCGACUGGCUGCCAACGCUGGCGCGGCUGGCAGGGGCGCCACCCGGCGGCACCAAGCCCCUGGACGGCUUCGACGUGUGGGACACCAUCAG